AAUAUAUAAAGGUUUGGAAAAUACAGUAAAUAAAUAUAUUGAAUAAUCGGUACAUUUCUGAUGUCAUAAAUAGUUUACAAUUACCAAACUAAAAUAUAUUCUUUAAACUCAGUUAAACUGAAUUGAGCUUCAUCUAUAAGCUAUUUGUCUGAUUACAUUAUGUCAAGGAAGCUCAAGGCCAAGUAUGUGUCACUUCCUAUGGUGAAGCAAUAAGAAAAACGUACAAGGCUGGAAAUUCCGGAGUGAAAUGGAUUUAGACUGUUUAUGUCAUAGGUAGGGAGGAGCAGAAAAAGGGGAGGGUUCAGUGUCUUUUUAAUGCCUGUGAGCAAGCAGCCAUUCACUUUCAGUCAGAUUCAGAGCUACAGGAUGUUUCAGCUGCAGGACAUCUGGGACACCAUCAGACAGUACGAGACCUGGCUAAGGUCUCCUCUUUUCCCUGUACUGUUUUCACUGACUAUCUACAUAAGCUUUUGUCUGCCGUUUGUAAUCCUGGACUUGCUGUCACCUCGAGUGCCUUUAGUGAGGAAAUACAAGAUCCAGCAAAAGAGCGAUGUAUCACUGAAGAAGAUGUGGAAUUGCCUGGCUCUUUCCCUCUAUAACCAUGUGGUGUACCUCUUUCCACUAAGCCUGCUGCACUGGUACUGGAGACCUGUUAUCUACCCAGCAGAAUCACCACGUUUUCUUGAAAUCAUUCAGCAUCUGGUGGCCUGUCUGCUGCUCUUUGACUUCCAGUACUUCGUCUGGCAUGUGCUGCAUCACAAGGUGCCCUGGCUCUACCGAACUUUUCACAAGGUGCACCACAAUUAUACUUCUACCUUCGCUCUUACUACUGAAUACUCUGGCGCUUGGGAGACACUUUCCCUCGGCUUCUUCGCAGCCAUGAACCCCAUGCUGCUGGGCUGCCACCCAUUUACUGAGAUGCUGUUUCAUAUCCUGAACAUGUGGCUGUCAGUGGAGGACCACUGUGGGUAUGACCUGCCUUGGGCAACACACAGACUUGUGCCUUGGGGACUGUACGGAGGUGCCACGCAUCAUGAUCUUCAUCACCAGAAGUUCAAGGCUAACUAUGCUCCAUACUUCACUCACUGGGACAAGCUCUUUGGGACAUUGCACUUAGAAUGAACUGAUCAAGAUGAACUUUUAAAUCACAGUACAAUUUUAUAUUAAAAUGAUCUAGAGACUUUUGAUUCGGUGAAUCUACUUAACCUGCUGAUAAUUAUGCACUUUGUCAUUUAGCAUUAUGUAAUUUGUGUUAAUAUAAAUUGCCAAUGUGCUUCUAUGUAUUUAAUGUAUGUAUUUAUGUUGACUGUGUUAUAGAAGGAAACAUUUUAUAAUAUUUAAAGUAUAUUUUAUUUAAAUAUUCACAUGCUGUGAAAAGUACUAACUUUAAAGGUUUAAAUCUGCCAGAUUUUUUUCAUCUGUACUAAAGUGGUAAAAUAAAUAUUGACUGCCAUCCUUGGUUGGUAUGAAAUUGUA